CGCCGGGGAGGGCGGUGCGGAGGGCGGUGCGGUCGGGUCGGCCCUGCCCGCAGGACCGCCCCCGCUGCUGCAGAGCCCUCAUUGCCCGAGCGCCCGGGACUAGGGGUGGUGUUACUUUCGUCUCUCUCCGUUCUGAGCAUUCCGGAAAACCAUGGCUACUCUCAAGGAGAAGCUGAUUACCCCCAUCGCUGCGGGAUCCGUAGUCCCGAACAACAAGAUAACUGUUGUGGGGGUUGGACAGGUUGGGAUGGCCUGUGCUAUCAGCAUCCUGGGAAAGGACCUCUGUGAUGAGCUUGCUCUGGUUGAUGUUUUGGAAGACAAACUUAAAGGAGAAAUGAUGGAUCUACAGCACGGAAGCUUGUUCCUUCACACUCAUAAGAUUGUGGCAGACAAAGACUACGCUGUCACAGCCAACUCCAAGAUUGUGGUAGUAACUGCAGGAGUUCGUCAGCAAGAGGGGGAGAGUCGUCUCAACCUGGUUCAGAGAAAUGUGAAUGUCUUCAAAUUCAUCAUUCCUCAGAUUAUCAAAUACAGCCCCAACUGUACCAUUCUGGUAGUUUCCAACCCCGUGGAUAUAUUGACCUAUGUCACCUGGAAGCUGAGUGGCCUGCCAAAACACCGUGUGAUUGGAAGUGGCUGCAAUCUAGACACAGCCAGAUUUCGCUAUCUGAUGGCCGAGAGACUUGGCAUACACCCAACCAGUUGCCAUGGCUGGAUCUUGGGAGAACAUGGUGAUUCUAGUGUGGCUGUUUGGAGUGGAGUUAAUGUGGCAGGCGUUUCGCUCCAGGAGCUGAAUCCUGCUAUGGGAACUGACAAAGAUAGUGAGAACUGGAAGGAGGUCCACAAGCAAGUAGUUGAAAGUGCCUAUGAGGUAAUCAGACUUAAGGGAUACACAAACUGGGCCAUUGGCCUUAGUGUUGCUGAGCUCUGCGAGACCAUGCUGAAGAACUUGUGCCGUGUUCACUCAGUCUCAACGCUGGUAAAGGGCAUGUAUGGCAUUGAUAAUGAUGUCUUCUUGAGCCUUCCUGCUGUCCUGAGUAGCUCUGGAUUGACAAGUGUCAUCAACCAAAAGCUGAAGGAUGAUGAGGUGGCUCAGUUGAAAAAGAGUGCGGAUACAUUGUGGAGCAUCCAGAAAGAUCUUAAAGAUCUGUAAUCUAUGAAUGUUAGAUAUGUUCCAGAAAUAGAAAAACAGUGUGUUAUGUGCAAAGUGGGCUCUACUCACUGUACAUCAUUAUGGUUUAAACAUUUAAUGCUGUUCCAAAAUGAGCUUUGUUCACAGUAGCUAAACUUACGUUUGCUGUAACGCACAGACCUUAUGAACAAAUAAAGUAACUUUCAGGCA